AUGAAGCGAAACUCUUCUGAACUGAAAAGCGCAAGUGGUAAAAGACAAUCAAAUGCUUCGUCUGUUUCUAUCGUUGCAUCGCAACAGAAUGGGCGUCGGAUGAGUAUACUGAUGAAUGCUCAACGUCGAUCAUCUUUCAUAUCGCAAUUAUCUUUGUGUCAAAGUGCAGAAUAUCGUCCACAACAACGAUUACCGCCCAAUGGUCUCGAAUACCAGCAGAAUGUCCUGCUGACGAACAUAGCAGCAGCAGUCAAAGAUAAUUCUAAACUGUUUCCGUUUAAGUCAACUAAGAAAUCAAAUUCAACCCAAGAUCGAAAAUUAGCUCAACAAUGUGACGUUUUUGAUCAUGAGCAAAAACCUGUUGAUGAUGAAAACUCAUUAAACAGUUGA